ACUCUGAAGACAAACCUACAAACGAAAGAUUAGCCCACGAAAUUACGUUCACGUCAUGUGUAGCGCACACGUUUUCUAGCAUUUGCUACGUGUAGUGCAGUCAAACAUUUUGUAUUGAUUUAUUAGCGUAAAAAGGCGAUGAACAGCGGGCAGUAAUAGCGGCUAGUUAGUUAGCGAUAGCCACACUAUGCUAUCCUUCUAUGGGAUAGCAGUUUAUGGUGAUAUACAUCUGUCUUGUGAUAUAGCAGUAUCUUAUUGAAGCAUGGAAAAUGGGUCAGACUGGAAAUUUCCCUUGCUCAGCAGAAGUCAGAGGAAAAAGGUGAAGAAAUGCCGCAGUACAUCAGUAUUGUUUGGUCAUGUCCCCCCUGAGCUGCAGAGCAAGUUGUACAUGUGAUUUCACAUGCUUAUUUAUGUUUGGCAGAUGAGUUGAAGACACUCAAUCCUCUGAACCUUUUAAGGCUGAUUUCUUAAUGCAGGACAUCACAUUGCACAAGCAUGCCCAAGAGUAAGAAAGGCGGCAAACCCAAAGCCAGGGUUUUUGACUUGCAAAUGGCCCAGAAUUGCAUAGAGCUGACACCAGAUGGCAAACAGCGCCUCAAUCUCAGUUUCAAGGGAUUCACAAUAGUGCCCGAAUGCAUCGAUAAGCUUUGCCGAAUCGAUGAAAUCCUCCUGAGCCGGAACCUGAUCAAGAAGCUUCCUGACUUUUUUGACGUUUUCAACAACGUCCACAAUUUGGACCUGCACAGCAACUAUCUGGAGGUGCUUCCUCCGUCAAUCGGCCUCCUGAAAAACCUGCUCACUUUAAAUUGCUGCAACAACCGUCUAACGCACGUCCCCAAGGAGAUCGGCCUGCUGCAGAAUCUCCGCACGCUCCACCUGGGUCUCAACAGGCUUCAGACGCUCCCCUCCACCAUCGGGGACUUGAAGGAGCUCACCUACAUCGGCCUCUCCGACAACAAAUUCGCCAAAGUCCCCAAGUGCCUUGCGCAGCUCCAAAAUCUGAAGAAAGCCAACCUGGACAGGAACCCCAUCCCCCCGCCGCAAGUCAUCAAGCCUACCCCUAUCCCAAAGAUGUUUCAUUUAAUCAAGGCAGGCGAUCUAUGUGAUGACUGUCGGAGGAAGUGCCGGACAGAGAGGAAGAAGCUAGCGGAGGCGCUGAACAUGAAGGAACAGCCUUCUGCAGCACAUGUGGCACGUCCGGAAAUUGUUACCUAAAGAUCCGUCUGAGGGGUAAUGGGUUCCCCAAAGGAGCAAUCUGUGUCUUCAAAGAAGUAGCUGUGAUUGGACACAGCUGGAUUGCAAUUCUCUCUUACCAAAGCUGUUGUCAACUUGUGACGUCAGCCUGCAACAUAAGAGAAAAACUGUUUGCGCACCCCAACACAACGUCCAGGUCAGUGCCGCUCCUUGUCAAGGAGCUCUAACCGUUGCCUGAGUAAGUGCAGAACAUUAGACAUUUGCCCUUUUUCUUCCAAUGUUGUUGCUUAUAAUGCUUAUAAUGGAGCAAACUCCGAGCUAAUCUUCACAGCCAUAAUGCAGCAAGUAGGUCUCUGUGAUACAUACCAUUAACCAAUGAUGAUGCUUUUCUAUGACACUCACAGGGAGCAUAAAUUCAAUUAUAAUCUAUGCGUCGCCACUAGAGGGCUGCAAAGACUGCUGGUGAACACAAUGACGUUCUAAUAAAAACAGGAAACAAUUUAAAAAAAUAUAUAUAUAUAUUUAUUUGAAUCAACAGACACUCACUUUAAAAUAAACAAAAUGAAUAUGUCCAUGUGUAAGUGAAUGGACAAAGUGGUCAAUGCUGAAUUGGUGUUUGAUCAUUUGCCUGUUGGUUAUAGAUACAGGGCUGUCAAACUCAAUCGCAGAAAAUGCAAAGCACACUUUAGAUAGUGGGCCUAACAUUCAUUAAUUGACAUGCAUAUGGGAGAGAGCUGCGUUGUUUGCUGGCAGAGAUGGCUGUGGUUGCUUGUUUAGAUUAAGUGAUUGUUGAUUGACCAUUCCUUAUAACACCGGGCAAAAGCUACAGUAUUUUAUAUGCACACACAAACAGCAUAAUACUCAUUUUAGCAUAAUUUAACAUAACUGAGAGUGUAAAAAUGGACCCAAUAAGGGUCAAUUACU